UUUAGGAAGGUCUUUAACCGGUCGGUUUGUUGUGCAGCGGCACCUUCCUCUGUCCUUCAGCAGGAAAAUGUAUUACAAAUUCAGCGGUUUCACCCAGAAAUUGACGGGUGCUGCUCCCACGGCGGCCUACAACCCUCAGGGGCUGAAACAGGGGCUGCCUGCAGAGUCUCCCACCAUGAUCUUUGCCACACCCACCAAGCUGGUGUCAGAAGCAGGAUCCACGGUGGAGUACCUGGGAGCAAACAAAGUUCCUGACCUCCAGAGGUUUUUCCAGACGUCGGACGGCGUCCCAGUCCACCUGAAGCGCGGAUAUUCUGACCGACUACUGUACCGCACCACCAUGGCUCUUACAAUCGGAGGCGUCGCCUAUUGCCUGGUGGCACUCUACAUUGCAGCUCAGCCCAACAAGAAGUGACAGACACCACCCUGGGAUCUUAUUUGUUAACAACACUGACUUGUUGCUGCUGCUUGCAUCCAAACAUUCACAUGCUCGGUCUCCAUCCUCCAGACCACUUCUUUGGGACCCCUUUUUAAAUGAGAAAUACCCCUCUGCUCAGUGGUUAUCGUAGGACAUGAGGAGCUUUGACCUUCAUGUGUACCUGCCUUUAAACGAAAUAAAACCCGAUGAAUAUGGCUUCAAUAAUUGUAAAUAAUACAAUUACAUUGUUUUUGUUCUCCAUAAAGUUCACUUUUAAAGUCAGUAUGCUGGCUGUGUAUAAAGAGAAGGUGGAGUACAUGUUGCUAGAACCAUCAGGACAAAAGCCAACGAUAACCAGAAUAUCCGUGUUGUUUGAGAAAGAUGUCUAAAUUAAUAAAUUCUAGUUUAAAAU